AUGGCGUUUCUGUGGAACGUACCCUAUGUCGGGCCAAACAAAUUCGACUGCCUUCGUGCGCCGGAUGCUUUCACCGUCAAAGUCCUGGGUGGGUGGGAAAUUCAGGCUGUCGUUGUCUUCAAACAAGCUCGAAUGACAGAUUCUAGGUUGGAUGGUGGUGUGUUCGCAGCUGUCAUCAUGUAUCCCCUAGAGUGCGCUAAGGCUCCAGGAGGUGGGUUCCCCCAAAGUUAG